GGCUCCUCCUACCACUCUCAAAUGCAGCUGCGCCACCUCUCUUCCUUUGUCCAUUGAUCCUCGCUGUGGUCUCCAAAAUUCGCAACAGGACUAAACGGCUCUUCGGAAAAGGUUACAUUUCCGUGCCGUGGUUUCGGUGUAAAGCAAAGCAAACGAAUUUUACGAGGCACGUGUCGUUAUCCUGUUGGUUUUAGUCCAAGAUGAGUCUGUUAAGCACCAGCCCGAGCAACCUGGAUUCCACCGUUGAGUCUAACGUUGCACCGAAGACAAACAAAAUGGAAGACACCAAGUAUCUGCCGGAGCUCCUGGCUGAAAAGGAUAGCCUGGACUCAUCGUUCACCCACGCCAUGAAGCUCCUUUCUGCAGAAAUUCAGAGGAUCCAAACUGGUGGGGGCAAGAAAGAGCCAGAAAAGGAUUUGUACCUUGAUCUUUUUGCCACCAAGAAUCUCAAACUGAAGGAGCGAAUACUCAUCCCCACCAAACUGUACCCCAGGGUCAACUUUGUCGGUAAGCUUUUGGGACCUCAGGGUAGUACCAUCAAGAGGCUUCAGGAAGACACUGGUGCUAAAAUCUCAGUUCUGGGUAAAGGGUCCAUGAGGGAUAAGAAUAAGGAGGAGGAGCUGAGAAAUGGUGGUGAGGCUAAAUAUGCUCACCUGUCCAUGGAGCUUCAUGUGUUCAUUGAAGUGAUGGCACCUAUUCCAGAAGGCUACCUUCGAAUGGCUCAUGCCAUGGAGGAGGUCAAGAAGUUCCUCAUCCCCGAGCCUGGUGAGUAUGACAUGUACAUGGAUCCUCACUUCCUGAAUGGAUCCCAGGAUGGCAGGGGUCGCGGUGUACCCGGAAGGGGAAGAGGUGGACCACCAGGAGCUGGAGGACCCAGGGGACGGGGAAUGCCCCGCGGCGGACCCCGAGGAGCGAUGCGUGGAGUUGCUCCACGAGGAGGACCAGUCCGAGGCACCGCUAGAGGUGGUCCGUCUGGUAGGGGUGGUUUGCCUUCUGCGCCAGCUAGAGGAGGCUCAGCGCCCCGUUCUAGACCUCCAGCAGCAGGUGCCCCAAGAAUGCUCCCCUCCGCAGCCAUGUCCCAUCAACAGGUCACUUCAGGGUCACAGGCCAAGCCUGACGCCUACGAGGAAUAUUCAUCAUACGACGACUCCUACGCAGAGGUGCCCUACGAGGGAUAUGACAAUUACUACAGCCAACAAGCGGCUCCAGCUGACACUGAGUAUUACGACUACGGACACGGCGAAGCACAAGAGGCAUCGUACGAAAGUUAUGGUCAAGACGAGUGGGACAGUUCGUGGACAAACACUGCCGGUGGCGGCAAAGUGCCAUCUUCCAGGCAGACGAAGGGACAGUACAGAGACCAUCCCUAUGGAAGAUACUGAACACCUACUGGUAGAGAGUUGCUAAUGCAACUGUCUCCAAACGGUUGCUCACUUAACUUUUGAAAAGUAAUUUCCUUCCCACUCGUUCUCCUUUUCUAUACUUUUUUUUUUAACUUCAUAGAUGUUUAGACAGAUGUAUCAUAGAAACUAAGUAUUUUUUUUUUUUGUUGCGGUUGCGUUGUUGGAAUUUAAGGUCCGAGUUACAUAAACCAUAAAAUAGUGACAUUUUAGUAACCCUGAUUCUUUUCAGUGAUUGUGGCGAUAGACUCAUCAAAUACGCUGCUUAUCAAAAGUCCUUGACGACUGGGCGCAAAUUAAUCCUUACGUCUCGAUGUUACAUACGUCUGUUCUAGUUGAACUCCAAUAACAGACCUGCAAAAGUAGUUUUUCCAUUCAUUACCGCUCAAAUCAUAUGGAACAAAAUUAGUGCCUAAUUGACCAAAAAUGCUCAAUUAUUGCUGUUGAUAAAAAAAAGUGACAGUCCGUCAAUUUUACUUGAGACAAUUAUUUUUGCUGAAAAACUCAUUAAGCUUAAGGACCAGCUGCAGCCAAGUCAAUAGUUUGUACAUAAGACAACUGUGUAUGCUUUCAAGUCGUGCCGUCUCCAAAAUGCAUAAUGCUUGUGUACUUUGGGCUAAAUAGGAUCCUAAAUAUAUUCCAAAAUGUUUCUUCUGCAGUGCGUGUUUCAAUAAAGUUUUUAGUUUCUGUUUUUUUAAAAACAAUCUAAACCUGGUAUUUUUGCCUUUUGUUGUACUUAAAAAAAAAAAAAAGUUGCUAUAGCUUGUGGAAGUUGUUUUUUCAACCCCAGAAUGAGCUUUAUGUAUACGUGUCAGCGUUAUUUAGAAGAUAAAGAAACAAAUCAGUGUUUUUGCAAGUGAACUUAUCGCCAUUAUCUGUUCAUCAAAACGCAUCUAAAUGACAUCUGUAAACAAAAAGAAGGAAAAAAGACAGAAAUAAAGCUCAUCAUUGAAAUAAUGUGCUGCCAAAUACAUGUUUGACUUGAAAAUGAUUUAGUGCUUGAACUUGUAUGUCAUUAACCUUUAGUUAGUGCAUCUCUUUAAGCUCUCGAGAGCAUACUCCAUCUUCAACCGCUUGAAGUAACUGAAUUUCAACAGUAUUUCAAAUCAAGCUUGCAGGGAUCUUACUUGACUUUGAAGCAAAGUCAUGCUGGCUGCUUUUUAUAAAAGACAAAAAUCGCAUUGGAGGGGAUUCUAAAAGCCUAAAGAUCGCCACAAGAAGGUAAAACUAAACCCAACACUCAUUUCUUAGUUUUCUGUAUUUUUUUUUCUGUGCAAAAUAUCCAGUAAUUUAAGUCAUCAAAAAAACUCAACCAAAACACUGAAGUACAAAAAUAUGCUACCAGUAGUUAACCCGAGGGAAAAACAAACAUAAAAACAAAUCAGAAAUGGUUGUGAUGCAACUCCAAAAAUCCAAUAAUGUUCUUAAAUAUUAUACAAUACCUAACAAUUUAUAUCUGCUUUCUGUAAAGUAUUUAAAUAAUAGUUGGACCUUAAGCGUAAAAAAAA